AUGCCACCAAAAUUUUCAUAAAGUGAAAUAGGAAACUUUGAUAAAUAUAUCGAAUAAUUAUAUUAAUGUAAAGUAUUAGCAGAAUCUGAUGUUAAAAUACUAUGUGACAAAAUAAAAGAAAUAUUAGCCGAAGAAAAGAAUGUAGCAACAUGUAAAGCCCCUGUGACAGUAUGUGGAGAUGUUCAUGGUCAAUUUCAUGAUUUAAUAGAAUUAUUUAGAAUAGGUGGUAAACCUCCAGAUACAAAUUAUUUAUUUAUGGGAGAUUAUGUAGAUAGAGGUUCUAAUUCAGUAGAAACUGUAUCAUUGAUAUUUGCUUUGAAAGUAAGGUAUAAAGAUAGAAUAGUAAUAUUAAGAGGAAACCAUGAAAAUCGUGAAAUUAACAAAAUAUAUGGUUUUUAUGAUGAAUGCAAUAAAAAAUACGGUAAUGAAAAUGUAUGGAAAUAUUUUACUGAUGCUUUCUUAUAUUUGCCUUUAGCAGCAGUUGUUGAAUCAUAAAUAUUUUGUUUACAUGGUGGUUUAUCACCUGCUAUUGAAAAUUUAGAUCAAAUAAGAUCUAUUAAUAGAUUCUAAGAUGUUCCUCAUGAAGGCCCUAUGUGCGAUUUAUUAUGGUCUGAUCCUGAUGAUUAAAGAACAGGUUGGGGAUUAUCACCAAGGGGUGCAGGAUGGACAUGGGGAUUAGAUAUUUCAGAGAAAUAUAUUCAUUAAAAUAAAUUGAAAAUGAUAGCUAGAGCUCAUUAACUAGUUAUGGAUGUAAAAAAAACUAAAAAAUAUUAACGAAAUUAAUUAUAUAAAAUAAAGGGUUAUAAUUAAGUACAUUAAAAAAAAUGUGUAACUAUCUUUUCUGCUCCUAAUUAUUGCUAUAGAUGUGGAAACUAAGCAUCAAUAAUGGAAGUUGACGAUGGAUUAAAACUAAACUUUAUGUAAUUUGAACCUGCUCCAAGAACAAACGAACCUCAUGUUACUCGUAGAGUACCAGAUUAUUUUCUUUGA